GACAAACAUGGAAGCAGAAAUCUUAGACCUUUACGAACUCCCUUAUUCGGAUCUCGUAUUCCUAUCAUCGGACUAUGCUAAAUCAUCGUCGAUGUCGACGGAAGAGCUUCAAAGGCUGGAUUUGACGCGAAGAAGCAUAAUGGAAGCCCUCGGGCCCAUGGGUCCAGGCCUGCUAUCCGUCGUCGACGUUCCCAACGCCGCCGCUCUCCGCCGUGACCUCCCGCUCGCUCGCGACCUCUCUCUUCUCGACGCCGAAAGUCGCAAGCGCAUUCUCAAGGAGCAGAGAUUGGGGAGCGACGUUCCGUUGAAGAAUCCAGAGAGAAAAGUGUCCUCUUUCGCAAUGCAACUGAAGUACGAGCAGAAUUCGAAUUCGGAACAAGUUCUUGAGCUAGCUGAUAGGUCAAUCGGAUCUGAGAAUGACGAGUAUAAGAAAUUGGGGAGUAAUUUGAAGAAGCUGGGGUUUUGCAUGAUGGAGCUUGGUCUCCGUCUCGCUCGAGUCUGCGAUGACGCCAUUGGUGGCCAAGAGCUUGAACAGAGCUUAGUAGAAUCGUGUGCUGCGAAAGGGCGUCUCAUACACUACCACUCAGAGCUAGAUCGCCGAAUUCUUCUGAAACAAUCCCUAGAAAGAAAGGUAAAAAAUUCCAAAUUCGAUGGAAAGAAGGAAUCCAAUGUUGAUUGUAAUCUGUGGCAGCAAUGGCACUACGAUUAUGGAAUUUUCACCGUCUUGACGGCUCCGAUGUUUCUCCUUCAAUCAGCGGAAUCUCACUAUGAGGAAUGUGGUUACCCCAACGGCCAUACUUUUCUGCAAAUAUAUGAUCCGAACAAGAAGAGAAUUUUCAAAGCGAAAUCGUCGCCGGUGAGCUUUAUAUUUCAGGUCGGCGAAUCGGCCGAGGUGAUUUCGAAGGGAAAUCUCCGGGCGACGCUCCACUCCGUCGGUGGACCUCCGGCGAAGUUGGGAAAUUUGAGCAGAGAAACUUUCGUGGUGUUCUUGCAACCGCCGUGGGACAAAGUUUUGCGCGCAUCGGAUUGUCUUCGUCCGGUUCCGUCUUCCGAGGAAGAAGCCAUUGGUGAGAAGAAUCAGAGAAUUGAAGAUAUAGAGAAGAUAGUACCGCCGCUAUCGUCGAGGUUAAAGGACGGGAUGACUUUUGCAGAAUUCUCCAGGGAGACUACAAAGCAGUACUAUGGUGGCAGUGGAUUGCAAUCCAAUAGAUAAAACUGAUUUUAAUGGGAAUUGCUCAUUGUAGUGGAAUAGUGUCCAUUUUUUGUAAUUUGUGUUGAUAUCUACAGUCACAGUUAUGAGAACCCGCAAACCACUUUUUCAUCUUCUGUUUUAGUUGAUUCCUUUUCACUUAUGUUUAGCUUAG